AUGACAGCCCUCACGAACCAGAAGCGAUGGCGUAUGUCUUUGAAAGUUUUCGCCGAGUCACGAGACUCAGUGGGUGCCGAUGCAAAGAUAUACAAGGCGGCUUAUCAGGCAUGGGCCUCUGGCCAUCACUGGCAGCAGGUCAUCAGCCUGUUAGCGGAGGAGCAAUCCAUACUGGGUGAAGAUCAGGGUGUCGAUGGUGCCAUGAGGGCGCUCUGUCAGGCAACAGUUUCGCUGCUGAAGAUGAGAAGUUCCAGUUCCAAAGCCAGCUCAACUUCAGCAGCAUUGGCAGCCUCUCGCAUGCUCGCCGACAUGCGCUCGAGAAAGCUCUCUCCGCCGAUGCGCCUUUACAGCCAGGCAGUUGCGGCCAACGCGAGGGCGGGCGAUCCGGAUCAAGCACUUCAGCUGAUUCGGCAAAUGAGAGAAGAGGCACCGCAUUCGAGGCCCCAGAUGCACCUCAGCUGCAUGCGUGCCUUUCAAGCUGCGUGCCACUGGGAACAAGCCCUUGUCCUGUUGAAGGAGGAGGUUUCUCGAGAUGAUGCAGCGAGCUUUGAGGAAGGCAUCUUUGCAUGUUCCGGAGGGGGCAAGUGGCAGUUGGCAACUGAAGUGCUCAAUGAAAUGCAGGCGCGACAGCUUCCCGUGAAGGGGGUGACGUAUGCAACUCUCAUUUCGGCCUGUGUCCGGGCCAAACAGUGGCGCUAUGCCCUGUGGUUCUUGCACGAAAUGGAGCGCACGGGUGCCGACAAAUCGGAGAAGAAUAAGGUAAUCCUCUAUGGUGGCGUAAUCACGACUUUCAAUUGGCAGCGUGCCUUAUGGCUUCUUCGCGAAAUGCCAGCCCGGGAGGCGUGCAGCUAA